AUGGCGCUCGUAAGUAGCAAUGCACGCUCCAUUGUGGUCUUCCUGCUUCUCGCGAUGACGAUGUCCUCCUCCACAUGGUCACGCUGCCACGCACUUGGGAGUCUUGGGUCAUGGAAUUGCACCACCUCCGAGACACAGCCCUGCAGUAUGUAUAAGUGCUUGGUGGAGUGCAAACACAAGAUACCAGGACUUUCUCCUCGCUACCACUGCAAUCGCUCCGUCAACCCCGAGCAGUGCUGCUGCAAGCGUGCCUGGACUGAGUGACAACCAUGACGGCUAAGCCGUGUACAUGAGUGGCACCGAAUGCUUUCACCGUCACCGAUUGUACCACACUGGUGGA